UAAAAAGUUAAACUAGUAGGAAGUUGAUAUAUUGUCAAUUCCGAAUGCAUUAUAAAUUGAAUAACAAAUUGUAAGGCAUCUUAACGCUAUGUCGUCCGUUUUAGUACAAAAGGUUUGGACCACGCUUUGGUCGGCAGGAUCUAUAAGCCGCUUUCGGCUGCACGUGAGCCAUGUUUCCCAUCAGGUGAACCACGUAGCCAGCGAGGAGCAGCGCAUCUACGACGAGCCCUACGUGAUCUUCCAGAACUGGUUGAUAGCCGCCCAGAGAGAGGCGCCUCAAGUGCGACCGCGACUUGCCUGCAUGGCCACUGUGGACAAGUCCGGCGAGCCUGUGACCCGUUUGACCAGCAUCGAGGAGGUGAGCGCCAACGGAAUCACCUUCUUCACGACCCUGGGCAGUCGGCAGGCGGGCGAGAUAAGCGCCAACCCGCACGUAUCGCUGCACUUCAACUGGGCGCCCCUCAUGCGCAGUGUCCGGAUUGCAGGAUCCGCCCACCAGCUGACCGAGGAGCAGGCUCUGGAUCAGUUCCGCCGGUACCCGCGUCACGUACAGAUGUGCAUCACCCACGGACCACGAUAUGCGGCGGCCGACUGGCAGUCCCGGUCAGGAUUAUUUGCGCGGAUCGUACAGCGCCUAAACACCUGGCUAGGCAAGCAUCCGGAGGAGAUCCAAAUGCCACCGAAUUGGGGAGGAUACCUCCUGACGCCCAGUCUCUUCGAAUUCGGCAUGCUUAGCGGACAAAAGGCCGGGAGGACUCGGGUGCGAUUCCGUCGCUGCCUUGAAAUGCCCAGGGGAACAAGAGUUGGUAACAUUCAAGCAGAGAGACAGGAUUGGGUCUAUGAUUCGUGUGAGGAAAAUUAGCAUGUCGAUUCCUUACGAUCUAGUCCGGCUUUAAUUUUCUCUCGAUAUUAUCACCGUGUAGUCCCUUAAUCAUAUUCAAGGCCAUCCCGUUAAGCGCUCCGUUCCAUUCCUCAACAAAUUUGAAGUCAAUUAAAUUAAUUGUUAAAUCUGUACCGCUUCCAUGAACUUCAAUUACAGAAA